CACGCCAUUCUUCCUUUGCUUUACACAAUUAACAAAAGAGAGAGAGAGAAUGAAAACUCUAUUGUUCAUCUUAUCAUCCUUGAUCCCCAUAACUGUAGCCGAUUUUCGGGGGAUUAACUCAUGCCGAUCAUACUGCGGAAACAUAACAAUAGACUACCCGUUCGGGCUGAAGGAGGGAUGCGGGAAUCCGGGGUACAGAGAUCUCAUGUUUUGCAUGAACGAUGUGUUGAUGUUUCACAUAAGUUCGGGAUCGUACAGAGUGUUGGAUAUCGACUACGCUUAUCGAUCGGUAACGCUGCACGAUCCUCACAUGUCGACGUGCGACACGAUCGUUCUCGGAGGCAAGGGGAACGGGUUUCAGGUGGAGGAUUGGCGUCAGCCUUAUUUCAAUCCCAUGCCUGAAAACGUGUUCAUGUUGAUCGGAUGUUCUCCUAGAUCUCCUCUCUUUCAAGGUUUCCCCGAGAUGCGCUUACCCUGCCGAAACGUCUCCGGAAUGGGCUGCGAGGAGUACUUGUCGUGCCCCGCGUGGGAAAUGGUUGGUUACCGACAACCCGGUCGGGAAUCCGGGUCGGGUUUCGGGUCGGGCCCACCCGAGUGCUGCGCCGUCGGGUUCGAGUCCAUGAAGGCAAUAAACCUGACGAAGCUGGAGUGCGAAGGGUACAGCAGCGCGUACAGUCUCGCGCCGCUCAGGCCGAGUCGACCCGCCGAGUGGGCCUACGGCAUCCGGGUCAAGUACGAUCUCCAAGGGAGCGACGCGUUUUGCCGCGCGUGUGUUGCAACCGCGGGAACAUGCGGGUACGAGUCUGGUGACGGCGGCGGGCUUAGGCAUGUUUGCAUGUGUGGGACCGUGAACUCCACUACCAACUGUGAUUCGGUUGUACCAUCAUCCGGUGGGGAAUAUCCAAGCGUGGAAGCACACCAUAUAGCACUGUUAUUUAUUUACUUGUCGAUGAUGAUGCCAAUGGCCUUACGGAGCUGAGAAGUUGCCACUAAACAGCAGCCAAAUAAACCAAAGUUUUCCAACGUUAUAAUUUCUAUUUUUGUUAUUUAGUUUUUUUUUUUACCUUCGGCACAUAAAAUUACAGAAGAAAAAUUAUUAAUUUUCUUUUUUAAUGUGUAUUAGUAUCCCUCAUUAUUUUUUUUAAAUUUUAAUGAGAUUGCUUCGGUU